GCGCUGUAUUACACAGAUGACAUAAUGGCGGCCAACGUAAAAGGCAAAAUCACGGGCAACGUUCCGAUGGACGAAGGCACGGAGGAUGGGAAUACGGCUCAGGCGGGGGGCACUCAUGAGGAGUUCACGGAGGCAGAAGAGGCCAAAGGACUUAUCAACAGUUUGACGACCAUUUACAAUGAGCAAAUAGCCGUGGAGCUAGCAGUGGAAAGUUUCACUGUAAUUGUUGACAAGUACCAGGAGCAACCUCACCUGAUGGACCCUCACCUUGAAGGCAUGUUACUCCCCUUGCUAGACAUCGCCAGGAACCCAGCAUGUGAACCCCCACUGUCCCACCUCGCAUUCAAGUUUCUCUAUCUGCUAACCAAGGCCCGUGGAUUCAAGACUAUUGUGCGUAUCCUGCCCCAUGAGGUUGCUGAUCUGGAGCCAGUGUUAACUCUACUGACCAGACAGGAUCCUGCGGAUUUCUUGACGUGGGAGACACGCUACAUGCUGCUGCUGUGGAUGUCCAUCAUCUGCAUGAUACCGUUUGACAUGUCCAGGCUGGACAGCAACGCACCGAUGGACGACGAGGGGCGGAAAAAAGAGCCUACCAUGAUGAGGAUCAUCAACGUGGCUAAGCGGUACCUCCGAGUCACCGACAAGUCCAGGGAUGCCGCUGCUCUGAUGAUUGCAAAAUUUCUGACCCGCCAUGACGUCAAGCAAGAGCAACUUCCAAGCUUCUUGGACUGGUGUCUACGCAGCCUGACAGAGACAAAGUAUGACACGAUGAUUGGCAUGACGUUUCUGUCUGGACUACUGUAUACAUUGGCUUCCUUGUUCAAGAUUGGAAAGAGAGAAGAUCUCGUUGAGUAUGCUCCUGUGAUCCUGGAGAGACUGGUAGCCUGUCAGAUGUUUGACAGUAACAACACCCAGCUGCAUAAGCUAGCCAUGAAGCUGAUCCAGAGACUAGGACUGACGUUCCUGCGUGCUCGGACUGCUGUUUGGAGGUAUCAGCGAGGCAGUCGAUCACUGGCUGACAACCUGAACGGUCAGGUCUCGGUCCCCUUGGCUGUGGCCACCGUCAGCUCACAGAUUGCUCCUGAGGAUGAGGACGACGAAUACGAUGUGCCUGAGGAAAUAGAGGAAGUCAUUGAGCAACUUCUUGUUGGUCUGCGUGACAGAGACACUGUGGUCAGAUGGUCUGCAGCUAAGGGUGUGGGUCGGCUGACUAGCAGAUUACCCAGGGAGCUGGCUGAUCAGGUGGUGGAAUCUGUGCUGGAACUCUUCAAUUUACGUGAGUGGGACGGUGCGUGGCACGGCGGAUGCCUGGCGCUGGCUGAGCUAGGACGACGUGGUUUACUUCUACCAGAGAGGUUACCAGUAGUUGUUCCAGUUGUCUUGAAAGCGCUAGCAUAUGAUGAGAAGAAAGGGUCUUGCAGUGUGGGUGCUCACGUCCGUGACGCAGCCUGCUACGUCUGCUGGGCCUUUGCCCGGGCUUAUGACCCCGAGGACAUCAGUCCCCACGUCAACAAGCUGGCGUCUGCUCUGGUAAUCACCACCGUCUUUGACAGGGAGGUCAACUGCAGGAGAGCGGCAUCGGCUGCAUUUCAGGAGAACGUUGGUCGACAGGGUACCUUCCCCCAUGGCAUUGACAUCCUUACAACGGCUGACUUCCUUGCUGUUGGCAAUAGGAACAAUGUCUUUCUCAACAUUAGUUGUUACAUUGCUGAUUUUGAGGAGUACACGCUACCUCUCAUUGACCACCUGUCAAAGAUCAAGAUAGGCCACUGGGACGGUGCAGUUCGUGAGUUGACGUCUCAGGCACUACACAACCUGACACCCAAAGCACCCAACUACAUGAUAGAAACGGUCCUUCCUUCACUGAUUCCCCUGACCACCGGGAUUGACCUCUUCACACGACACGGUGCCUUACUGGCUGCUGCAGAACUAACGCACGCACUCUACAAACAUGCCGUGGACAAUAACAGAACCAUUGCUGAAGUUCUUGGUCCUCAAAGUGUGAAAGGGUUGAAAGAGAUUGUCAAAACGAUGGUGGAGGCUAAAAUGUUCCGUGGUGUGACCGGCGAGGUGCUACGACCAGCCGUCUGUGUCUUCAUUGAGAAGAUGUCAGUGUCCAAGCUGCCUUUCCACGGAGAAGAUAUUUUAGAUGUGUGGCAGUCAGUCUUGGAUGAUAACCUGAUCGGCUUACAGCGUACAGCGAUUGAUAUUCAGAGCUAUGCAGUCCGGGCGUUGGGUGCGUUCUAUAUGGAGUAUUACCAGCAACUAGAUGGCAAUGUGCUACCAGGAAUACAAGAUAAGAUUUUAGACCGGUACCUGACCGAGCUGGUGACCGGCCAGCAGGAGAUGGGCCGGAUGGGUGCUGCCAUGUCGCUGGGCCACCAGCCCAAAUUCAUGCUCAAGACUAAACUCAUGAGGGUCUUGCAAGGCUUAGCCAAAGCCUCCGUCAUCACCAAAGAGGUCGAGAAGUUUGCUGAAUCCAGGCGGGAGGUCAUGAAGGCAAUAGCCAGAAUUUGUAAAACUGUUGGAAUCCAAGUGGACGGAGAUCCGAACAAUGUCGUGUGCGGUGAUAACAUAGGCAUGGUGUAUUCAGCAUUGCUAGGAGCUAUGAAGGAUUAUACUACUGACAGCAGAGGGGACGUCGGUGCAUGGGUGCGAGAGGCAAGCAUGACCAGCCUAUAUGAGCUGACAAGUCUGGUGGUUAAGACAGAGCCCACGUUGGUCUCAGCGGAUAUAAUUCAGCAGUUGAUGCAGAGCCUUGCCCAGCAGGCAGCAGAGAAGAUUGAUCGUACCCGAGCCUGCGCCGGGGCAGCGAUCCUGGGACUCUUAUACCAUGACCCUGAGGUGCCCUACAUACCCAGCAGGGAACAACUCCUUCACAUAUUCCCAAGGGGAGACAUGCGGGAUUUGAACUGGAGUGCACCAUCGAAAUCCUUCCCCAAGAUGACCCAGUUGCUCAACCUGCCUGUCUACAAGCAUCGCGUCCUCCUGGGGCUCACAGUCAGUGUGGGCGGCCUGACGGAAUCCUUGGUCAAGCAUUCAGGUCAGUCUCUGAUGGCCUACCUCAAGGGCCUGCCAUCCGUCAGUGACUUGGAAGGGUUUGUCCGCACCAUGCUAGACGUCUUUCAAGAGAAUGAGAAAGUGGAUCGAGUGACUCUGCCUAUGAUGAAGAUGAUCAACAUGCUAUUGUCAGCGGGCUCACUGGAAACAUUUGCUGAGAAUGAAGAACACCCAUUCCCAACACAACUGUUGGAGAGGACUAAGAAAGAGAUCGCAAGAUGUGGAGAACCGCAGAAACUUCUUGCAAGUGUUGAUGUAUUCUGCGGCAUGAUCAUGUUUCCCGGAGUGACAAGGCGGAAGUGCCUGUUCCAGGUCCUCAUGUUCCUCUGCCACAAGUACCCCAAGGUAAGUCUUACAUGUAAUACGAUCGUGUCCAAUUGCUCAUCACAGAGACAGCCGCAUUUAAAUACAGUUUAA